AUGGCGAUUCAGAAGAAGCACGGCAAAGGCCGCUUGGAUAAGUGGUACAAACUUGCCAAGGAAAAAGGCUAUCGAGCAAGAGCUUCUUUCAAACUUGUGCAAUUAAACAAGAAAUAUGGCUUCUUGGAAAAGAGCAAGGUCCUGCUGGACCUUUGCGCUGCGCCGGGAUCUUGGUGCCAGGUCGCUUCCGAAGUAAUGCCCGUCAAUAGUCUCAUUGUUGGCGUCGACUUAUCACCUAUCAAACCCAUUCCGAGAGUCAUCACUUUCCAGAGCGACAUUACGACCGAGAAGUGUCGGGCUACCAUUCGACAACACCUGAAGACAUGGAAAGCCGACACCGUUCUUCAUGAUGGCGCGCCCAAUGUUGGUACUGCAUGGGUGCAAGAUUCGUUUAACCAGGCAGAACUUGCGCUACAAGCCAUGAAGCUGGCAACGGAAUUCCUGGUUGAGGGCGGCACUUUUGUCACGAAGGUUUUCCGAUCGAAAGAUUAUAAUCCACUGUUGUGGGUUUUGAAUCAACUCUUCACGCAUGUCGAAGCAACGAAGCCACCAUCCUCUCGUAACGUUUCCGCCGAAAUCUUCGUUGUGUGCAGAGGUUACAAGGCCCCGAAGCGCAUCGAUCCUCGUUUCCUGGAUCCCCGAUCGGUAUUCGCUGAACUAGCUGGUGCCACACCCAACAACGAAGCCAAAGUUUACAACCCUGAAGUGAAGAAGAGAAAGCGAGACGGCUACGACGAGGGCGACUAUACCCUGUACAAAGAAGUACCCGCGAGUGAAUUCAUACAUACAAUGGACCCGAUCGCUAUUUUGGGAAGCUGCAACAAACUAUCAUUCCAACAGCCUCUCAAUGGAGACGUCGCCUUGGCUGCUUUGGACAAGCUGCCGGAGACGACGCCUGAAAUUCGCGAUUGCUGCUCCGACCUCAAGACUCUCGGGCGCAGAGACUUCAAACUUCUCUUGAAAUGGAGACUCAGGGUUCGGGACAUAUUCGGCCUUGCUACAAAGGAAAAGGCUGUAGCUGCAGCAUCAGAAGAAGUUGCCGAGGUGGGGGAAAUGGACGAAGAACUUCAAAUUCAGGAAGAAUUGCAAGCUAUGCGAGACCGGGAUAGCGCUAAGAAGAAGAGGGAAAAGAGAAGGGAAAACGAGAAGAGGCAAAAAGAGAUUGUCCGCAUGCAAAUGAACAUGAUCAGCCCGAUGGACAUUGGUAUGGAGGAAGCGGGGCCAAUCGGAGAAGAUGCGAUGUUUGCGCUGAAAACCGCGGACAAAACCGAAGCCAUGCGUCGACUAAAUCGUGGCAAGAUGGCAACAAUAACGGAUGCCAAACCUGUCGAUGACCGGGAUUCCGCUAGCGAUAGCGAUGAGAGUGAUUAUGAAGAAGAUCGGCUCGAGCGCGACUUGGAUUCCAUGUAUGAGAACUACAAAGAGCGAAAGGCCGAAUCUGAUGCGAAAUAUCGUGCAAAGAAAGCAAGGGAGCAGCGAGGCGAUGAUGAGUGGGAGGGUCUAUCUGCAAACGAAGGCGAGGAGUCCGAUUCUAGUGCCUUGGAAGAAGAAGAUGAUGAUUCAUCUACCGACGAGGAUGAAGGCCCAGCACAAGGCCUGCUAAAAACCUUUGAUGAGGAGCAAAGCGACGCAAAUGGACUUUCUAGCCGGGCUGCUGCCUUUUUCAGUCAAGACAUCUUCAAAGGAAUUACCGAAGCACUGCCAAAGGCUGGAAAGAUUGAGGAGCCUGUCGUUGACGAAGACGAGGAGAUCCGCAAUUUGAAGCCUACGACCAACAUCGGAAAGGAAAGACAAACUGCUUCUAGUAAAAACGGCCGGUCUGGUACUCGGGCGAAUACGAUGGAGAAUGGUGGCAAACCGGAAGUCAUCUCAGGAGCCGACGAAGAAGAGGAUUGGGAGAAUACGAAAACGAAGCGUCCAGAUGGGCAACUAGACAUUGACAUUAUUACUGCCGAAGCCAUGACUCUGGCACACCAGUUGGCCAGUGGAAAGAAGACGAGUCAGGAUGUCAUUGAUGAUGGUUUUAAUAAGCAUGCUUUCCGCGAUCGAGAUGGGCUACCUGAAUGGUUUAUCGAAGAUGAAUCCAAGCAUGACAAGCCUCAUAAGCCCAUUACCAAAGCGGCUGCACAGGCUAUCAAGGAGAAACUGCGCGCGUUCAACGCUCGUCCAAUCAAGAAAGUGCGGGAAGCGAAAGCCAGAAAGAAGAUUAAAGCUGCGCAGAAGCUGGAACGCCUCAAGAAGAAGUCGGAUAUGCUGGCUGCUGAUGAAGGCAUGACAGAAAAGGAAAAGGCCGACAGUAUCGCAAAAUUGCUGGGCAGAGCCGCACGCAAGAAGCCGAGCAGGCCAGCUAAACUCGUCGUGGCGCGUGGUGCGAACAGGGGUAUCAAGGGCCGACCCAACGGCGUCAAGGGUCGCUACAGGAUCGUCGAUGCCAGAAUGAAGAAGGAGCUGAGAGCGCAGAAGAGAAUUUCACAAAAGAAGAAGAAAUAG